AUGUGGCGAACAGCGCCACUGGUGAUGCGGCUGCUCGCUGUAUCACUGGUGGCGCUCGCGCUUGCCGAUCCCGGCCCGGGUGACACUGCCCUGGUGUCUCGGAGGCCCGAGAGGCCCACUGUCCGCGCCACGGUGCCUCCUCGCCGCCAGGGACGCAAGAAACGCCGCACCACAACAACCACAACCACUAUAGAACCGGAAGAAGAAGACGAAGAACAUACCACGCCGCCCACGACGACUACUAUUGAUCCGAGACUUUUUGAUCACAGUAAGUAA